UAUAAACAAAUGUAUUUUUCGCUCACUCUCUCUCUUUCUUAUCUGUGUGUCUCUUUUCUCGUUCCCCUGUUUUCGUUUAUUUCUUUGUCUGUUUGUCUGUUCGGGUCUCUCACAGGACAGGGUUCCUUUCUCUUUCUCUGAUAUCACACUUAAGAGAACCCUCUUAAAACUUUCAGAGAUUCAAAAGCCACAGUUGCUUCUCCUUCUUCAAAAAAAUAAAAAAUUUCGGUUUCUUUAAAGACUAACCCAAGUUUUCUUAUUAAUCUGCAUUUUUUUUUUCUGCCUAAGACUCCAUCUGGGUCUAAAUAAAAAAAGAAAAAACAAAAACAAAAACACCAUUAAUGGACGCUUCAUCACCAAUCUCCAUCCAACAAACCCCACUCCAAGACCAACAUUCUGAACCCACGCCCAAACCCGGAAAGAGAAGCUUCGUCACUACUCUGAUGGAGGCAGCCUCUCUCCGUUCCCAUUCUUUCAAAGAAGACACGUAUUUCAUCUCCAACCUCAGGUCUUCCGAGAAAAAAGCUCUGCAAGAGCUCAAGGACAAGCUCAUGGCGUCCGAUUCCUGCUGCGACGGUUCCAUGUGGGGCACUCCUCUGUUGGGUGGAGACGAAAAGGCCGACGUCAUACUCAUGAAGUUCCUCCGAGCCAGAGACUUCAGGGUUGUCGAUUCUUACAACAUGUUGCAGAAAUGCCUGUCGUGGAGGAAAGAGUUCGGAGCCGACAACGUUCUGGAGGAGGAUUUGGGUUUCAAAGAGCUUGAAGGUCUGGUGGCUUACAUGCACGGCUAUGACCGUGAGGGACACCCUGUUUGCUACAAUGCUUAUGGGGUUUUCAGAGAUAAAGAUAUGUACGAGAAGAUUUUCGGAGACGAAGAGAAGCUGAAGAAGUUUCUGAGAUGGAGGGUUCAAGUUCUUGAAAGGGGGAUUAAACUUCUGCAUUUCAAGCCUGGAGGUGUGAAUUCCAUCAUUCAGGUUACUGAUCUCAAAGACAUGCCUAAAAGAGAGCUCAGGGUGGCUUCUAAUCAGAUCCUUUCUCUUUUUCAAGAUAAUUAUCCUGAAAUGGUUGCCCGGAAGAUUUUCAUCAAUGUUCCAUGGUACUUCAGCCUUUUGUAUUCCAUGUUCAGUCCGUUUCUGACUCAACGAACGAAGAGCAAGUUUCUGAUAUCUAAAGAAGGAAAUGUUGCGGAGACACUUUACAAGUUUAUUAGGCCCGAAGACAUUCCAGUUCAGUAUGGUGGACUGAGUCGACCCAGCGAUUUGCAAAAUGGCCCUCCUAAACCAGCUUCCGAGUUCACAGUCAAAGGAGGAGAAAAAGUUAACAUUCAGAUCGAAGGGAUUGAGGCUGGAGCAACAAUCACAUGGGACAUAGUUGUAGGAGGGUGGGACUUGGAAUACAGUGCUGAGUUCGUGCCCAUUGCAGAAGGAAGCUACACCAUUGCCGUAGAGAGGCCAAGGAAAAUGAAUCCAUCUGAGGAAGCAAUCCACAACUCUUACACUUCAGGGGAGGCUGGGAAAUUGGUCCUCUCAGUAGACAACACUGCCUCAAGGAGAAAAAAAGUAGCUGCCUAUCGUUACGUUGUCCGCAAAUCAACCUCCAUGCCCAUCUAAAAAACUUCCAAGAUAUUCAAAUUGAUAAUAGAUAUUUUCAAAUAUAUUUAGAAUAUUUGCUGUCUUUUUAUGUUUUUUUUUUUUUUUUUUUUGAGGGUUUUGUUUUAAAAUUAGCAGUUUGUGAACCUUUUACUUUUUGUCUUAACCAUAGUGUUCUGCCGUAAUAUAUAAAAAAUGGUGGGUUAAAAUUAAAAAAAUAUUUGCUUAGUAUAGGGGGAAAAAAAAAAGAAAAAGAAAAAAAAGAAAGCAGAUUAACUUUUGCUUAUAAACUUAGUGUAUAUUACUGUUUGUCCCUCUUGUUCAGAGAGAUUGUUAACAGAGAUAAAAGAUUGGCUUGACUUUUAUUGUA